AGUAAGUAACUCCUCAGCGAAGUAAAAAAUGAAUUUCGUAAAUGCUUAUAUAGUCCUUGUGGCCUAUGUAUAUCGGCAGCAAAUUCCGAUCCUUUAACCUCUAUACAGAUAAAAGAGAAAAUCAAGACAACGACGGAUACACUAACCUCUAUUGAUAAGCUUUUGCUUGACUUGGAGGCUCGUCGAGAGUCCUUACAGCAGAUGAAGGAAUCUUUCAGCCAAGAAAGGGCCGACAUCUACCCCACUUCCUGUCUGUCUACGGACAACCAAAACCGCUCAAGUCUUAUGGUGCAGGUCCCGGGGCACCCUGGUUUUUAUGUUGCCUGCGAUACUUCCCAGUUGGCCGAACUGGGCUGGUUGGUCAUUCAGAGGCGCAAGAGCGGCAAGGUUAAUUUUUUUGGAGACUCCCUAAGCUACCACAAGGGACAGGCGUUUUCCACAUACGAUCAGGACAAUGAUAAAUCCGGUAACACAAACUGCGCCCAAUUCCAUGUCGGAGCUUGGUGGUACAACAAUUGUGCUCAGAGUAAUCUAAAUGGUCAACAUGUCGACAUUUUUGGCAAAUUACCCGAAGACAAGGCGCGAUUGAUUACCUGGAAUUCAUUUAACACGAGUUCUCAUUUCUCAUUUGUUCAAAUGAUGAUUCGUCCCAAAUUCGGAUGUUUUUAGAUAUUUAAGGAGAGACUUUCUAUGUCAUGGAAUGCAAAUCAAAGUUUACAUUGAUAUAUUAAAAAAAUAUUGUGCAAACCUUAUGUUUUUAUUAGUAUAAUAAAAUCUUAAAUUUCACCGCCAAUUGCUCUGACAAUACUCUACUUAAAAGUUCA